UCAACACACAACUGUGUCAUUUCCUCUCCAGAUGCUGAAAUACUAUGUGAUAAAGAUUUUAGGUUUCAGUUGUAAAGAGAGGGAAGUGGAUAAAUCAGUGCUGCCUCCCUUACCAGCAAUGACAAAAGAGACCACAGAGCAGCAGAGGCUCUGCCCUGAUGAACCAGAGGAUGCUGACAGCUACUCAGAGUCUGUGAAAUUCGAUGCUCGCUCGAUGACAGCAUUGCUUCCUCCCAAUCCUAAAAAUGGCCCUUCCACUCAGGAGAAGCUGAAGUCCCUCAAAACUGCCCUAGUCGCGCUCUACCUUCUUGUGUUUGCCAUUCUCAUACCGCUCAUUGGGAUAGCGGCAGCCCAUCUUAUGAAUUGGGAAAUGAAGAACUGCUUAGUUGGUUCAAUUAACGCAAGUGAUACAUCUCAAAGUCUGAUUGGAAAAGAAAACACCAGUAAAGCUGAAAUGAGAUUUACGGUUGCCUUGGAACACAUGAAGGACUUGGAAGAGAGAAUCCAAAGCAUUUCAGAAUCAAAAGCCAACCUCAUAGAUGCAGAACGCUUCCAAAACUUUAGUAUGACAACUGACCAAAGACUUAAUGAUGCUCUUCUGCAGUUAAGUUCCUUGAUUUCAUCAGUCCAGGAACAUGGGAACUCAAUAGAUGAAAUCUCCAAAUCCUUACUGAGUCUGAAUACCACACUGCUUGAUGUCCAGCUCAAUACAGCAACCCUGAAUCACAAAGUCAAGGAGUCUACAGUGAAGCAGCAGGAGGAUAUCAGUAAGUUACGGGAACGUGUGUGCAAUGUGUCAGCAGAAAUCCAGUCUGUGAAAGAAGAACAAGAGCGUGUGGAACAGGAAGUAAAACAGGAAAUGAAAGUACUGAAUAACAUCACUAAUGACCUCAGACUGAAGGACUGGGAACACUCACAGACAUUGAAAAACAUCACCUUAAUUCAAGGGCCUCCUGGACCCCCAGGUGAAAAGGGAGACAGAGGACUCACUGGACAAAGUGGCCCACCUGGCAUUCCAGGUCCUCCAGGCCUUAAAGGUGACCGGGGGAUCAUGGGCCUCCCUGGAAUUCGAGGAUACUCAGGGGCACCUGGAAAGGCGGGGAGAUCAGGAUAUCCUGGACAGAAAGGCCAAAAAGGAGAAAAGGGGAGUACAGGCAUAUCAACUACCCUUAAGAGAGUUCGACUGGUUGAUGGCAGUGGACCUCAUGAGGGCAGAGUGGAGGUCUUCCAUGAGGGCCGGUGGGGCACAGUCUGUGAUGAUCGUUGGGAUAUCCGUGCUGGACAAGUAGUCUGCAGGAGUCUAGGAUACCAAGGUGUUCAAGCCGUGCACAAGAGAGCUCACUUUGGACAAGGUACUGGUCCAAUAUGGCUGAAUGAAGUGAUGUGUUUUGGGAGAGAAUCAUCUAUUGAAGACUGUAAAAUCAGGCAAUGGGGAGUGUUAGCCUGUUCACAUGCCGAAGAUGCUGGAGUUACAUGCACUUCAUAAUACAUCAUAAUUUCACUAACAUUUAUGAAAUCACUGUUGUAAAAUUAUUUUAGUUGCCCUGCUCCACUAAAACCAUUUUAAUGGAUAGUAAAGAGAUUCACAGUAUUGGUAAAAGAAAAAGAAUAUUUUAAGUGACUGGAAAACGUUUUUAAACUCAUCAGACUUAAUCUAUGUCUAUAUAUGAAGCAUUCUAACUUCUUGCAAUGGUCAAUUUUGAUUGUCAGCUUGAAAGAAUCUACAAGUGGCAAUUUUUGCCUCGUGUGGCAAAAAUACGGUUAUUUCUAUGAGGACAUUAAACUGAGGUAGAGUUGUUGGUAGUGCUAUUCCAUUGUUCAUGGGAUGAACACUAACUAUAUAAUGCUUCUAUUACUGAGACAGACUACCUGAAGCCAUGAGUCAAAAAAAAAUCCUUUCUCGAGUUUCAUUUAUAGCAAUGAGGAAAAAUAGCAAGUGGAGAAAAUUUGUACCAGAAGUGGGGUUGUAAUUGCCGUAAACCUGGCUACAUCUUGUCAACUUGUUGAAUUAAUUUAACUGGAGGAAUGGAGGAAAGUUUAGAGCCAUAAGCUGUAGCUGCUCUACAAUGCUAUAAGCAGAGCUUAAUGGACUCUCCUGGUAGGAAUUUGGAAGUUCAUAAUGGUGAGAAAAAUGCAAAUGCUAAAAGUCAGUUUCCAGAGGUUUCAAAAGGAUAUAAGGAUUCCAUCAAGACCUGGAAAGGGCCAUUCAUGUUACCUUCCAGAAACUACUAUGAUUUCAUUCUAUUUGUGUUCUAGACUAAAUAAAAACCAAUGGGCUAGUAUCCUUAGUGGAUAAAACUUCAUGAUCUAAUUGGUUCAGUCUGUGACGUUGUUACAAAUCUGUUUUCAUACAAAUCUACAAUGAAAAAGAGCAAGAAGUGGAGCAGGAAGAUAUGAAAAAUGUGCAGUUUUAGUGAGAAAUGAACAUGCACUGGUUUAAAGUUGCUGAGAAAGAAGUGGGAGAGAAAGGAACUGUGAUUGUUAAAAUGAUUUGAAAAAUUAAUGAGAAACUUCACAUUUUGCAGUAGAAAAAAAUAAGGGUGCCCCGAUAACAACACCGAGGAAAGUCUCUAACUUAUAAAAAUGCAAAUUUAUUUGAAUGGACAGAAAUUGAACUGAAAAUUCUGCUCAAGGAAUUCUCUGCAGAAAACAAUUUCCUAGAAAAGUUUUGUCCUGGAAUCAGCCACCAGUGUACACAGAGACCUUUGUAAUCGUUUGGCAGAAAGGGUCCAGACUGUAUUUCAAGACCAAACUUCGAAGCCUCAUUCCAUAUGGUAGAAAAUAAAAGAGCAAGGGAUUCGCAGAGGCUUACAACAAGAUACUAGAAAGACACUGAGGUCAGGAAGUACGUGUCAGAGUCAGAUUUCCUAUAAAGAAUCCCCUAGAGGACAUUGUGUGAAGCUGUGAAGGUGAAGCCUCAGCUGAGUCAGUGCUGCCAGGACUGAGAGAUAUCUACCGAGAAAAGCUUCAUGUACAGAGUAGAACUUAUUAUCCAAGAGAAAGUUUAAGUGUGCUGAGAUAGCAGAAACAGAAUUUCUAGGUUACCCAGUACUUUAGGAAUCCAGAUGAUUUCUCUGGGAAUCCAUGUGCCUAACAUGGAAUUAUGGGAGUUAAUUUUUACCAUAUUGGAUUUCAGUGGUUUUUUGACUGUUCUUUCUUUACUAUGAUUCAAUUCAUCCCUUUUGGAUUGGCAAUAUUUAUACUGUGAGAUUAUAUACUAGAAGUAUGUAACUUGUGCUUUUUAAAAGUAGGAUUUCACAGGGAAGAGAUUGUCUGAUUCUAAGAAGGGAUUCUGAACUUCUGUUCUGAACAGUUUUGAAACUCUUAUGGUUUUGAGGACUCUUUGAAAAUAAACUAAAUGUGUUUUGCAUUAUGAGAUUAAUGUGAAACUUUAGGAACCAGGGACAACAUGUUAGGAUUUAACUUGAGUAUUAUGUUAAUAUGACAGGGGUGGCUAUGUGACGGUUAACAUUACUGGUCAUGCUAUUGAGAUUUAGGAUGAUCUAGAAGAUACACCUCUAGCCAUCUCCUUGAAAGCAUUUCCAAAGAGAUUUAAAUGAGAAACCAAGACCUGAAUUUUGUGACUCUAUCUUAUUGGUUGUGGUUCUGGCACUAAAUGAAAAUGGAAAGUAGGUGGAGAACAGAUUUUCAUUUCUUUAUGCUCCCACAUGCUCCUGCCAUGUUGCCUUCCCUGCAGUGAUGGGCUAUCACUCAAAACAUGUUCCAAAAUAAACCAAUCAUCUAAUAAGUGGGUUUUAUCUAGUGACUUUCACAAAAUGAAAAUAGCAAGGAAUAUGCUUUCUCUAGGAUUUUACAUGGAAUUUUUAAAAAUAAUGAUGUAUCCAAUUGAAUAUUUUGAAACUUGAAACUUUUAUAAAUGAGAUGAGAAUACAAAAAAAGGAAAAGAAAGACGUCCUUGCACACAGGGAACAGAACAAGUGUUGUUCUAGAUUUUGAAACUUAGGUACAAAAGAUAGGAGAAUAGAGACCAUUGCAGAAUUGCAAUUAUGUACUGAGCUAGUCACCUUUUAAAGUAGGAUGACAGUUAAGACUUCACUGCUAAUCUUUGCUUUAUGAAGGCAACACAAUGCUGAGAUUGAAUCAUAUAUUCUCAGAUUAUAAACGAGUUAUAUAAAACAUAAAA